GCCGCUAGAAGCCAAAUGUCGCUUGUUCAAGGAAUGCGUAGUCGCAAGUCCAUGAAAACCACCAUGGGCAUGACUGUGGAGGCUCCCACAUUUGAAGCGUGUGAUGGUGGUAAUACGUCCGUUGCCGUCAGCCCGUCAGGGGCUGCCCGAACCCCCACCGGUACUUCACUGUUUCCAUUACAGCCCAUUGGACUAUUGGACGGAGCUGCCUGUGCUCUCAUGGACAACGGCGCUCCAAGCAGGCUUUCCGUUUCCUCUUCGUUGCGACAGCCGGUCACCGCCUUAGUAGGAACGAGUUCGGCAAGGGCUGCUGCUACGGCAUUGCCGCCAUCUUCGUGCACUCCACCACAGCAAGCCUCGCCGUUUUCAGCUUGCGAUGCCGCAGACCACGAUUAUGACUAUAACGGAUCCAGCACAAGCUCGUCUUGCAGCCGGCGGUCCAAUAAGCUCCUCGACAGCAUCGACUCCGAAGGCAGCCGUCCAACCAGCGACUCGCCCACAAGCGUCCUGCCCGAGUCAACCCGAGUUCAGGACUCUUCAAACGCAGUACGGAAGCUACUCUCGGCUACCGUGGCGGCCUCCGCUAAAAUCUUCAGUUCGAUGAGCAACAUGGAUUUACACCCUCAGGAGCUCCUCGCUAUCUCGCCCAAGCCUGGAACGUCAAAAUCUUCGCCUUCUCCGCCUCCAAGCCCCAAAGCGACAUCCAAGACGGCGCGCAUCUCUAAUUCGGACAAGCUUUGCAGAACCACCAGCUUGCCAAUCUUGAAGAACGCCGUCGCUGGCGGGUCCUUCGGGAAUGGCAAGGCAAAGAAGGACUAAGGGGAAGGCGGCCCAAUAGUUCCAGUCCAUGGAUCACGGCAGGUUGGAUGUUUUCGCAUGCAGAACAGCACUACGAUUCCUCAGGGUUGUGGAGUUGCAUUGAUGAGGGGAGUGGCGUGUGGUGGAAGGAUGUCUUCUCUCUAAUUCGAAGGGUUCAUGUAGGGCUGAUUGCGUGUGAUGGCUAUACUACACGAGUGGUGUGUGCGUAUGUCUGUCGAGACUUAUUGGUGGUUGAGAGAAGCGUCGAAUAGGGCAGGAUAGCGCACGGUUUAGAAGUAACACGAUGAGGGUGCUAACUUUCAUGCAUGUAUAUUGUGAGUGGAUGGGUUUGUCGUACGAAUCACUUGGCUGGGCACGGACGUCAUGCCCAGUUCGUAUACCAGUUUAUGGCUGUGACUUCGGCAGUGUGUGAGUUAGAACCACAGCAGGUAUCAGAGCGUACCAUUUCGGAAAUAAUUUGCAGCAGGGUCUUAGAAUGAACGCGCUGAGGCUUUAUUGCUUGUUUCGGACUUCUUAUGCAGGCACUUACAUGUUGUCAUUGCCCGUCUUACGCACUUUUACGUUUCCAUGGUGGUGUUUUGUCCCGUAUGUCGUACCAGGCACGUUGGCUUUUGAGUUGCUUGUUGACAGGAAGGACAAUGGCUGUAGCAAGGUCGCGGAAGGGCCGGAGCAUAACUGAAUAAGAGCCUACAACGUCACCUCUAGGCUCCCCCUACGUACGGACCUCCGGGCCCUCUUGAAUAUCAAGGGCCAAUUCGAUUCCAUGCAUGUGUAUUCUGAUUGCACGCGCACGUCUACUGGUGUGUUGGUGGGACAUAUAUCGGUCCAGUCCUGCCGUGCAUGGGGACUAUCAACCCUGACUGACACUUAUUUGUGUCGCGCGUUAGUAGUACGCGUGUGAGAACUUCUUUUGCGCAGCAGUGCCAUGUACGGCACGGUACGGCAAGAGUCCUACAACACACACAUGUUGG